AUCGUAUAAUACUAAAUUCUAUACAGAAAUCCUUUGUCAGUAAUCCCUGGUUAGUGCAAUGUUAAAAUGCUGCUACGGUUGCUGCUGAUUGUGUGCUCUGUUCCGGCAGCGGUGGUUUUUGGCCAAGCCUGUGCGGAGAAACCAUGGGAAGCGAUUCACCGGAGGCUGGCUACCAAAACUCCCUACCGUCAUGUGUUCCGUGAUGUGGGAUACAAUCCAACCGGUAUCGAUGGCUGCCGUGUCCGAAGGACGUGGGGUUUGUUCCGGCAUGGAACGCGAAAUCCAUCCCAGAAGGUGAUCGAAAGGAUGAAUACGGAUUUGGUGGGCAUUCGUGACGACAUCCUGCAGCACGGGAAGUUAUGCAAGAAGGAAUUGCAGAUGUUUGAGCGAUGGAAACCGCGGUUGAGCGUGGAUCAGGAGAAGAUUCUGGUCGAAGAGGGAGCAGAUGAGAUGCAGCAGUUGGGCAGGAGAUUCCGAUCGCGGUAUGGAGAAGCACUACCGAAGGAUUAUCGAAGAGAGGACUUCUAUUUUAAAUUUACAAAGACGGAGCGGGCUGAGAACAGCGCGAGGAAUUUCAGUUUGGGGUUGUUUGGAAGGACGGUGGAUGUGGAGUAUCCGACUCCGCUGUCCCGGGAUCCGGUGUUGAGGUUUUAUAAGCUUUGCGAUAGGUGGAGAAGCGAGAUUAAACGCAAUCCGGAUGCGGUACGAGAGGUGGAUCUGUUCUACAACAGUAAACCGAUGAAGGAAGUCAUUGGGAGAAUCUCGAAGAAAGUGGGCACCUAUUUGGAUGCAGAGAGCAUUCAUUUGAUGUAUCAGACGUGUGCUUUUGAGACGGCAUGGAGCAAAAAGCAUACCUCACCGUGGUGUUCGCUGUUCGAUAAAUCAUCUGUAAAGGUGUUGGAGUUUGGAGAGGAUUUGGAGUACUACUGGAUCGAUGGAUACGGGUACGAGCUGACGUACGAACAGGCUUGCAAUGCUUUUGGUGAUUUGUUGAAGCGUUUCGACGGGGACCUGGAACCGUAUACGUUCUAUUUUACCCAUUCCGGAACUUUGCUCAAGGCAAUGGCCUUCCUCGGAUUGUAUCGUGAUGAGCACCCUCUGACGCACAGGGAUUUCGAGAGAAAACGACAGUGGAGGGUUAGCGAAAUCGAUGCAUUUGCUUCGAAUCUGGUUUUUACACAGCUGGAGUGCACCAACGGAACCCACGUGAUGCUGACACAUCAGGAACGGGUGGUGCAGAUUCCCGGUUGCUCCAGCGGUCAAACGCUUUGCGAUUAUGACAGCUUUAAGCGAUUGUUCGACGAACGGGUAGGGAAUUGUGCUUUCGAGACGAUGUGCUCACUAAAUGUGCCUAAAAAUGACGAGUUGUAAAACUGGUGACAGUUUUAGGCUUACUUUUAACGACGGGCCCGUGGGCCGAUUAAACGAAACUGUAGCUGCUUUUUCUGCUGGGAUA